AUGAGACUGCCGAUCGCUGGCAUACAGGGCCGUUUAACGGUGCCAUUUUUAGGACAAUAUAGAAACUUUUCCCACACAAAUUGGUGCAAUGGUCCCAAAGCUGUGAAAUUUUUAAAGGCUCAAAGAAAAAGACAGGUGAAUCAGGCCAAACAGCUGAAAUUAGAGACUUCUUUGGACACUGUUGACCCUGUUUUUGGACGUAGUAAUACGCCCUUCAUCGUGCGGACAUUAGCUGAAUUGAAAGAGCCCAAAGUGCUGUCACGAGGAUAUGGUGCUCCAGAGGUAGAGUCGCUUUUGGCAUCUGUAGAAGCAGCCAGAAGGGAACAAAUGGAAUUGGCGGGUUUCAACAAUCAGUCCCUUACUUCUGAGACCGAUGAGUCCGUUUCACAAAAUCUGGAACUGAAAAGGGAAUCCAUAUUGAGAAUUUUAAGCAUGAGGAACGCUAACAAUAACGAGUCCAUGAAACUGGCCGUGCGUCAGGCUAGAGAAGAAUUUCAGAGAUUCGAGGGUGACACCGGUUCCAGUGAGGUGCAGGCUGCUAUCAUGACGGUUCGUAUCCACAAUUUGGCCAAACACGUCCAAGAAAACAAAAACGAUCACAAGAAUACCAGAAUCCUGCGAAUGUUGGUACAACAGAGACAGAACAUUUUGAGGUAUCUGAAGAGAGACAAACCUGAAAGAUACUUUUGGACAAUUCAAAAGCUCGGUCUGAGCGAUAACUCUGUCGUGGGCGAAUUUAACAUGGACAGGCGCUACAUGCAAGAUUACAAGUUCUUUGGUGACCGCAUUUUAAUAAGAGAUUCCAAGAGGGUCGCCGAUCAAAAGCGUAGAGACCUUCGUAAGCAGAAGAGAUCUGCUAGAAGAGCAUAG